UCAUUUUCCCUUCACAGUCACGCCCCCACAGACACAUUCACAAACUCCUUUCCCUUUCCAUCGUCUGGGAAUCUCCAACAUUUGAAUUUUCUUUUUCAAUCGCAAAUCCCCAUAAUCUUCAGAUACUUUGAUUCUUUCGAUUCCUUUCAUCUGGGUAUCUCUCAAGAACCCCACAAUUUUGUCUGUUUUCAUUUGGUUCUUUCUCAAAUCUCCCAAGUUCCAACAAAAUUUCAUCUCUAGGGUUUACCACAUUGUCAUAUCCUCCGAUCUGGGUUUCUCUUCAAUGGAGCAAGAAACUAAAUCUGAAAAGAAGAUGAAGAAAAGCUUAAUUGCAUCGCUAAUGGAGUCCGGCGCCUCCCCCCUCCGCCCUCCGCCGUUCAAGGAAGACACCUACCACCACCAGAAUCUCAAACCCUCAGAAAAGAAAGCACUCGCAGACCUCAAAGACAUGCUCCAUUCCACCUCCAAUUUCCAAGAAUCCAUGUGGGGAAUCCCUCUCACCAUGACAUCGGAAUCAGAAAAGUCCGACGUCAUACUGUUGAAAUUCCUCAGGGCAAGAGAAUUCAAGGUCCAAGAGACGUUCAACAUGCUCCUCAAGUGUCUUUCAUGGCGAAAAGACUUCGGAACCGACUUCAUUGUUGAUGAAGAUUUAGGGUUUAAAGAACUCGAAGGCGUCGUCGCUUACAUGAACGGAUUCGACAGAGAAGGCCACCCCGUGUGCUACAACGCUUAUGGCAUCUUCAAAAACCAUGAAAUGUACGACAAAAUCUUCGGAGACGACGAAAAAUUACAGAAGUUUCUUCGAUGGAGAGUUCAAGUUCUUGAAAGGGGAAUCAAGAUGCUUCAAUUCAAGCCUGGAGGUGUUAAUUCAAUCAUUCAAGUCACCGAUCUUAAAGAUAUGCCCAAAAGAGAGCUUCGUGUUGCUUCAAAUCACAUCCUCUCUCUCUUCCAAGAUAAUUACCCAGAAAUGGUUGCUUGUAAGAUAUUCAUCAAUGUUCCAUGGUACUUCAGCAUGUUAUACUCAAUUUUCAGUCCAUUCUUGACUCAAAGGACAAGGAGUAAAUUUGUCAUCUCGAAAGAAGGAAAUGUUGCAGAAACACUUUACAAGUACAUAAGGCCUGAAGAUAUACCAGUGCAAUACGGUGGACUGAGUCGACCCGGUGAGUUGACGAGUGGCCCUGUCAAACCAGCUUCCGAGUUCACAGUCAAAGGUGGUGAAAGAGUCAAUAUUCAGAUUGAGGGCAUUGAGGGUGGUGCAAGCAUAGCUUGGGAUUUGGUGGUUGGAGGUUGGGAUUUGGAAUACAGUGCGGAGUUUGUCCCGAAUGAUGUUGGAAGCUACACGAUCGCAGUGGAGAAAACUAGAAAGAUGACAGUGACAGAUAAAGCAGUGCACAACUCUUUUACUGCAAAAGAAGCCGGGAAAUUAAUUUUGUCAAUCAAUAACACGGCUUCUUCGAAAAGGAAAGUGGCCGCCUAUCGUUAUCUUGUUCAAAAAUCUGUUGUAUGAGUUUGUUGGUUUAUGUUUAGGGUUUUUUUUUGUGGUUUUUUUGUAUGUUAAUUGGGAAUGUUGAUGAACUAAUGUUUGUUAAAUGAAGUGUAUAGGUGUGUUUGUGUGAAA